ACGAGCAACACAUCAGUGAUGGACUCGUUUCCUACAAGUACAACGAUAAACUCUCGCGAGAACUAGGGAAUUUCCUCUUCGCCCGGAACCUGUUUCCAAGAUGUCUCUGGUCAUUCCCGAGAAGUUCCAGCACAUUCUUCGUGUUCUGAACACGAACAUUGACGGUAGGAGGAAGAUCGCCUUCGCCAUCACAGCCAUCAAGGGUGUUGGCAGACGAUAUGCCCACGUCGUGCUGAGGAAGGCAGAUAUCGACCUCACUAAGAGAGCCGGAGAGCUCACCGAUGAUGAGGUCGAGAGGGUGAUCACCAUCAUGCAGAACCCUCGCCAGUACAAAAUCCCCGACUGGUUCCUCAACAGACAGAAGGACGUCAAGGAUGGCAAGUACAGUCAGGUUCUUGCCAACAGUCUGGACAACAAACUGAGAGAAGAUCUGGAGAGACUGAAGAAAAUCAGGGCUCACCGUGGUCUCAGGCACUUCUGGGGUCUGCGUGUGCGUGGCCAGCACACCAAGACCACCGGUCGUCGUGGUCGCACCGUUGGUGUGUCCAAGAAGAAGUAAAUCUCUCCCUGCUCCCCGUGUGUCAAUAAAUGUCACAGUUCACAAAA